CCGUGGCAGCUUUGCUAUUCGAGUCUGUGAUGCCGCACCCGUAGUUAUACCUAACGUUCGGUCGCAAAGUGUCUUGGGCGAUUGACCAGUUAAGUGAGUUUCAUAUCAACUGCCCGUUCGACGUUGGUUCGCGAAGCCGUCGACCACGCCUGACUCCUCCACCAGCAAACCUGACGUUCCUCUCUGGGACACUCCACCGAACGGACACCUCCAAGGCUGAGGAUCAUCAUAUACGUAUUAUCAACAUACACUCUAUUAACAUACCAUCAACAAUAAAGAUAUUCAUCCGACAUGUUAAGUAAAUUAAUUGGAACUUUAGUUACCGUUUUCUACGUUUUGUACAUUCUUUACAAGUAUGUGUGCUUUAACUUAUGGACAAAAGAGGAAAUUUCUGAUAAAAAACCCGUUGCACCUAUAAAUGAUUUAAUAUCUCUUUUGAAAGGAAAUUUAUCAAUCGGUGAAGUCUUCCAGAAUGCAUAUUUAAAAUAUAAAGCUUGUCGCAUUUUUGGGAUGUACGCAUUUUUCAAACCUACUCUGAUCAUUACUAAUCCACAUAUCAUGCAAACAGUGCUAUCAACAAAGUUUAAGUGUUUCCAAGAUCGCGGAGUGUUCUGCGAUGAAAAAGUCGAUCCUAUGUCGACGCACUUAUUUUCAAUGAGUGGCCAAAAAUGGCGUAAUUUACGAUCAAAAUUAACUCCAUAUUUUACAUUAGGAAAAAUAAAACAAUCUUUUAUGAUUAUAAAGGAAUCCAGUGAAGAACUUCAAAAAAAUUUAGAGGGCAAAGCGCAAAAAAAAGAUUGUAUAGAUAUUAAAGAUAUGUUCGAAAGGUAUACAAUGGAUAUUAUAAUGGCCACAGCAUUCGGCAUUCAAUCAAAUUGUAUAAAACAACAAAAUAAUAAAUUUAAGUAUUGGGGAAAACAAGUCUUCGGAGAGGAAAGCAUUUGGAAAACUCUCUUCAUGUUCACACCUAAUGUAAUGAAAUUUUUUUCCAUACCCUUUACGGACAGAAAGACGAGUAAAUUUUUUAUGGAAUUAUUUCAAGAAAAUGUGAAUUACCGACAAAAUAAUAAUAUUAUCAGAAAGGAUUUCAUGAAUGUGCUUAUACAAUUGAUGGAGAAGGGAUUUGUUAACAACGAAAAAGACGUUAUCGGCGAUUUAUCAGACGUAAAUAAACUAACCAUAGCUGAAGCGGCUGCACAAGCUUUUGGUUUCUUUUUGGCUGGCUACGAAACGUCAGCCACAACAGCUUCGUAUUGUUUAUACGAAUUAGCUUGCAAUUCUGAUAUACAGAAUAAAGUUCGCACAGAAAUUGAUGAAUUAUUAGAAAAACAUGGUGAGAUAUCGUACGAGGCUGCAAAUGAAAUGAUAUAUUUUCAAAACGUAAUAAAUGAAACUUUAAGAAAAUAUCCCCCACUAUCCAUUUUAUUUCGGAAGUGCACUAGAGAUAUGGAUCUCUCAGAUACAGAUAUCCACAUUUCAAAAGAAACUAUAGUCAUUAUACCGGUGCUUGGAUUGCACCGCGAUCCAACUAUAUAUCCGGAUCCGGAUAAAUUUGAUCCGGAACGAUUCACCGAAGCCAAUAAAGCAACAAGGCACUCGUAUGCAUAUUUACCAUUUGGUGAAGGACCACGAAUGUGCAUGGGUAUGAAAUUUGCCUUCUUGCAAAUAAAGGUGGGACUUGCAAAACUGUUGUUAAAAUAUAAAUUCAAACCACAUCCAAAAACUUCAAUCCCGUUAACGUUAGAUAAAAAGUCAGUUUUAAUAGUUACGGCAAAAGGCGGAAUACAUCUAACAAUUGAGCAACGAUAACGGUCUUUGUUCAUUUCUCCUAAAAAAGUUUGAAAU